AUGGACGACGGCUAUGGACGAGAUGGACGGCAGGACUUCAUCCGCGGCGCCAAAGACAUCGCCAAGGUGGUGAAGAAGCAGGCGGGCAAGAAGGUGGGCCGCAGCGUGGACAAAAUGGCCGACGAGUACACCAAGCGCUCGUACAAGCGCUUCGAGGAAGAGGACGACGAUGACGACUACCCCGUGCAGCAGAGCCAAGAUGGCGACGGCUACUACCGCAACGACAGCCGGGCCAACGACGAAGAGGGCGGCCACAGCGACUCCACGGAAGGUCACGACGAAGACGAUGAGAUCUACGAGGGCGAGUACCAGGGAAUCCCCCGGGCAGAGUCCGGAAAAACUGUUCCGGUGGACGGGAUUGCUCCCCAAGCUCAGAUCAGGGACCUGGCCCAGUUCGAGGCGGAGAGGAGGAAGGAUCAGGAGGAGUUGGCCCAGCAGUACGAGACCAUCCUGCAGGAGUGUGGCCAUGGGAAGUUCCAGUGGACGCUGUACUUUGUGCUGGGGCUGGCGCUGAUGGCGGACGGUGUGGAGAUCUUCGUGGUGGGCUUUGUGCUGCCCAGCGCAGAGAAGGACAUGUGUCUGUCAGAGGAAAGCAAGGGCAUGUUGGGUCUUAUUGUGUACCUGGGGAUGAUGGUGGGGGCCUUCCUGUGGGGCGGCCUGGCCGACCGGAUUGGACGGCGACAGACCCUCCUCAUUUCUCUCUCCAUCAACAGCGUGUUUGCCUUCUUCUCCUCCUUCGUUCAAGGAUACAGCUCCUUCCUUUUAUGCCGUCUGCUCUCCGGCGUGGGCAUCGGUGGUUCCAUCCCCAUCGUGUUCUCCUACUACUCUGAGUUCCUGGCCCAGGAGAAGAGAGGAGAGCACCUCAGCUGGCUCUGCAUGUUCUGGAUGAUCGGUGGCAUCUACGCCUCUGCCAUGGCCUGGGCCAUCAUCCCCCACUAUGGCUGGAGUUUCCAGAUGGGCUCUGCGUACCAGUUCCACAGCUGGCGUGUGUUUGUGUUAGUGUGUGCCUUCCCCUCUGUGGCAGCCAUCUCUGCCCUCACCACAAUGCCCGAGAGCCCACGCUUCUUCCUGGAGAAUGGGAAACACGAUGAGGCUUGGAUGAUUCUGAAGCAGGUGCAUGACACCAACAUGAGGGCGAAGGGCUACCCAGAGAGGGUCUUCUCUGUGACCACCAUCAAGACAGUUAAGCAGAUGGAUGAGCUGGUGGACAUGGGAGAGGGCACCGCCUGGCACCAGAGAUGGAGGAUGAAGCUGGCUGACCUGUUCAACCAGGUGUGGAGCAACUUCAUGGCCAUAUUCUCUCCUGAGUACCGCCGCACCACUCUCAUGAUGAUGGCUGUGUGGUUCUCUAUGUCGUUCAGUUACUACGGGCUGACGGUGUGGUUCCCUGACAUGAUCAAGUACCUCCAGAAGCAGGAGUACUCCUCGCGCACCAAGGUCUUCAUCAAGGAGAAGGUGGAGCACGUCACUUUCAACUUCACCCUGGAGAACCAGGUGCACCGCAACGGAGAGUACUUCAACAACAAGUUUAUGAAUCUGAAGAUGAAGUCCAUGGUGUUCGAGGAUUCUCUGUUUGAGGAGUGCUACUUUGAAGACAUCACCUCCAGCAACACCUUCUUCAAGAACUGCACCUUCAUCGCCACCCUCUUCUACAACACAGAUCUGUUCAAGUACAGGCUGAUCAACAGCAAACUGGUCAACAGCACCUUCCUGCACAACAAGGAGGGCUGCAUGCUUAGCGACUUCAGCGACGAGAACAGUGCCUACAUGAUUUACUUUGUCAGCUUCCUGGGCACCCUGGCCGUGUUGCCUGGCAACAUUGUGUCGGCGCUGCUCAUGGACAAGAUCGGACGGCUGAGGAUGCUGGCGGGCUCCAGUGUGAUCUCUUGUGUCAGCUGUUUCUUCCUGUCGUUCGGCAACAGCGAGUCGGCCAUGAUCGCUCUGCUCUGUCUGUUCGGGGGCAUCAGCAUCGCCUCCUGGAACGCCCUGGACGUGCUGACGGUGGAGCUCUACCCCUCUGACAAGAGAUGCACAGCGUUUGGCUUUCUAAACGCCCUCUGUAAGCUGGCAGCCGUGUUGGGCAUCAGCAUCUUCACCUCUUUCGUGGGCAUUACCAAGGCUGUGCCCAUCCUUUUUGCCUCCGGGGCGCUUGCAGCGGGCAGCUUCCUGGCGUUCAAGCUGCCGGAGACACGGGGCCAGGUGCUGCAAUAA